CAUUUUUCAAACACUUAUAUUUUCAAUAACAUAACCUUAAUAAAGCUGUACUUCAUAUAUCAUUAUAAAUAACAUUUGAAAACGAUUAAAAACUUCAAAAGUGUACAAAGAAGAUUAUUUAAGUAUUAAGCGCAGUGGAUGAAGCCGUUCAAGCUUCAAAACUUAAGCUCAAUAGCACUGCUAUAAGCUAACAAUAAACCACCUUCAUAAGUAUCAGCCAUUUUAUCAGUUAAUUUCAUUAAAAAAAAAAGAAAAAAAAAAAGAAAAAAAAGGGCACCAAUAGUAAAUUUAUGUAAUACGUAAAUGUGUGAAUUUUUUAUUUGUACAUUUAGAUAUGUGUAAAAAUAAUAUCAUGUUUAUAUGGAUGACAGGUAAAGUUAAAUUAUAAUAUAUAUAUAUAUAUAUAUACUGAUAAAUGUAAAGUACAAGCGAAACAUUUAUUAUACAGAAGACCUUAAUUUGGUGAUAGUAAAAGAUGGAUUCUAAUAAUUAUCAUAAAGUGUGUAAAGAAGUAGAUAACAUUGAAUUAUCUACAUCUAAUAACGAAGCAAAUGAAGUAAAAGUACAACUUGUUGAAUCUUUGAUUGAUAACAAAUGUGGUGGUAAUAAAAAGAAUACAUUCGAAAACAAUCAGAAUGAAGACUCUUUAAGAGAAACAUCAUUUUCUAUUUUUAAUUCUGCAACAUUGCCAGAAGCAACCACCUCACAGGACAAUACUUCAACUUCAUCAAAUGAUAUUGAACCAAAUUCUCCUUCUAGCAAUCAAAAUAAGUGUAAAAGAAGUAUUUCAAAAGCUCAAGUAAAUGAUGAUAAUUGUGAUGAUAGUAAUAAUUCUAAUAAAGAGUCAAGUAAACAUCAAAAGUUAAAUGAAAAUGUUUGUAAUAAAUCAAAAUCUGAAAAUAAAAUAGAUAAUGCACAAUUAGUAAAGGAGCCUAAGGAUAGUUGUAGUGAAGAAAUUACUGAAGAUGUUGAAAUGAGACCAGAAAAUGAAGAAGCUGCAGCUCUUAGGGAAACAAAGAAUCAUGAAGAAGGACUAGAAAUUGAUAAUGAUAGUUCACAUGCUGAAGAUGCAGAACAGGAUUUGAGACGAUUGACAGGAUUUGAGUCUCCCUUGUCAAAUGAUUCAAAUUUUGAUACUGAACAAACAUCCAGUGAAGAGGAAUCAGAAGAGUCAGAGCCAGAUACUCCUGCUUGUUUGAAGAAAAAAAGACCAAAGCCAACUUGGUUUGUAGUACCAGAACUUCUUCACCGUGAAAUGGGCAUCAAUCCAUCAUUUCAACGUAGAUAUUAUGGCUCCUUACACGUCGUAGAACACUUUGAACUUAUGUACAAACUUAAAGAACAUGAGGGCUGUGUUAAUACCUUAAAUUUUAAUAAAACUGGAAAUUUAUUGGCCAGUGGUUCUGAUGAUUUAUAUGUAGUUAUAUGGGAUUGGGCAAUAGGAAAAAAACAUCAUUCUUUUGCUAGUGGUCAUAGAAGUAAUAUGUUUCAAGCUAAAUGGUUGCCAUUUGAUGAAGAAAAUUUAAUGGCUACUUGUGCUCGUGAUGGACAAGUACGUUUAUUAGAUAUUAGACGUGGUGCAUCACGAAAAUUAGCUACGCACAAUGCGCCAACUCACAAACUUGCACUUCAUCCGGAUACACCACAUGUUAUUGUUUCUGUUGGUGAAGAUGCAAAAGUUCUAUCUAUAGAUAUUAGGGAAGAAAAACCAACGAAGUUGCUUGUAGUAAGAGACUCUGGCUCUUUCCAUGUACAAUUGUACAGUGUUCAUUGUAAUCCUCUUAAGAGCAAUGAAUUUUGUGUUGCUGGUCGAUCUCAAUGGGUUAGAAUAUACGAUCGGCGAAAUGUGUCUAAGCCAAUGCAUGAAUUAUGUCCUAAACAUUUGACUGAGAAGAAACAUGUACAUAUAACAUGUGCUUUAUACAAUUAUGAUGGAACUGAAGUUCUUGCAUCUUAUAACGACGAAGACAUAUAUUUAUUUGAUGCAAUAUCACCACAACCUGGAGAUUUUGCUCAUAAAUAUGAAGGCCAUAGAAACAAUGCUACUGUGAAGGGAGUUAAUUUCUUUGGCCCAAAAAGUGAAUUUGUUAUAUCUGGAUCAGAUUGUGGAAAUAUAUUUAUCUGGGAUAAACAUACUGAAGCAAUCGUAAAUUGGAUGCCUGGAGAUGAACAAGGAGUGGUAAAUUGUUUAGAACCUCAUCCACAUAUUCCUAUUCUUGCCACAAGUGGACUUGAUUGUGAUGUGAAAGUUUGGGCACCUUCUUGCGAAGAUCCGCCUUCGCUUCGAACAGUAGAAAGUAUACCCUUAAUAGAAAAAUGUGUUACAUCUAAUGCAAUGAAUAGGGCACAAGAUACUCAUACUGAAUCUGAUGCAUUCGAUAGUCAAAUGUUUUGGAUAUUAUUAAGACAUAUUCGUCAUACGGAAAGAGUAAGAUUAAAUUUAAACGCACGUCGAGGUUCUAAUGAUCAAAAUCAGGAUGAUGAUGAUGACGAUGAUGAUAAUAUUGAUGAUUCUUCGGAUGAUGAUUCUUCUCAUCACAGUGAUAGUCAAUCAGAAGGAGAUGGGUUUAGAAGAUUGCAAUGUCCUCCAUCUUAGGUAUUAAAACGGACUACUAUUUUACGUUUUGUACAUUAAUAUUUAUACUAUGUCUUUGAAUAAUGUUAUUAAAAAUGAGUAAUUAUCAUGAAGAGAUAAAUUUAAAUUUUAAAAAAUUUGAUUUAAUAAUAAUUUAGUACUUUGAUAAUACAAGUGAUAUGUAUAAUUUAUUAUAAUUAUGAAAGUUAAGGUGCGUUGAAUAUGUAUAAAGAGUCACUAAAAGUAUGUAAAAUAGAUGAAAAUGAAAACUAAUAUAGUUCUCUUUCUAGUAACAACAUAGUUACAAUUUUGUCUUCUUCGAAAAAUU